AUGGCUGCCAAGACUACAGCCAUGACAGCAGUGUUCUUGCUCGUGAACCUGCUAUUCGUCACGUUGGCUUCUUCCCAAGUCGUAGAACCCCAACCUCCUACACCAACAGAGAGCCCGUCUCCACCAGUCGUCGCUCCAUCCUCACCUCCACCUGCGACGCCGCCUGUCGAAUCUCCACCUUCACCUCCCGUACCUCCGUCCUCACCCCCAGUGGUUCCUCCGUCCACGCCCCCAGUGGUACCUCCGUCCGCACCACCUGUCGUUCCUCCGUCCACGCCCCCAGUAGUACCUCCAUCUGCACCUCCAGUGGCUCCUCCAUCCACACCCCCAGUGGUACCUCCAUCUGCACCUCCAGUGAUUCCUCCGUCUACUCCCCCAGUCGUCGCUCCGUCUACUCCCCCAGUCGUUCCUCCGUCUACUCCCCCGGUCGUUCCUCCGUCUGCACCCCCAGUAGUUCCACCGUCCACUCCUCCAGUGGUACCUCCGUCCUCCCCUCCACCACCACCGCCCCCACCGCCGCCGCCGCCUCCUGGCGUCCCAACUGUGGUCUGCUUAAUUAAUGCCAACAGACUAAGAGUAUGCUCCCCUGUGCUCAACCGUCCUCCGCCCGUUCGUGGACCUUGUUGCAACCUGAUCGCGAGUCUCUCCGACGAACAAGCCGUAGCGUGCCUUUGCUUCGCUGCGAGAAACAGUUUCCUCGGCCUAGGAGUGCGGGUUCCCGGGGACGUCGCUCGUCUGCUGACUUUGUGCGGCAAGCCGGUGUCUGCCGGGUUUGCGUGCCCUUGA